AGAGAGGGAGAGACAGACAGACGGAGAGAAAGAGGCAGGGUGUGAGAGACAGAUAUGGAAAGAGAGAAGUACACGAAGACAUAGAGAGAGAGACAGGGGGUGAGAGGCUUUGAGAGAGGAAAAAAAGAGUCAGAAAGAGGGACAGGGAAAGGGAGUGUGUGUGUGUGAGAGAGAGAGAGUGUAUGUGUGUAUGAGAGAGAGAAUGUGUGAGAGAGCGUGUGAGAGAAUGUGCGUGUGUGAAAGAGAGAGUGUGUGAGAAAGUGUGCGUGUGUGAGAGAGUGUGUGUGAGAGAGAGUGUUUGAGAGAGUGUGUGUGACAGAGAGUGUGUGUGUGUGUUUGUGUGAGUGUGUGUGUGUGUGAGAGUGUGUGUGUGAGUGAGACUGUGUGAGAGAGUGUUUGUGAGAGUGUGUGUGAGAGUGUGUGAGUGAGAGUAUGUGAGAGAGAGAAUGUGUGUGAGAAAGAGUGUGAGAGAGAGUGUGUAUGAGAGAGAGUGCAUGAGAGUGUGUGUGUGAGAAUGUGAAUGUGUGAGAGUAUGUGUGUGUAGUGUGUGUGAGAAUGUGUGUGUGUGAGUAAGAGAAUGUGUGUGUAGUGUGUGUGAGUGAGUGUGUGUGUGCGGGUGAGAAAGUGUGUGUGUGUGAGAGUGAUUGUAUGUGUGAGUGAGAGAGAGUGUAUGUGUGUGUGGGAGAGAGAGGGGGAGAGAGAGAGACAGAGAAAGAGGGUGUGUGGGGGUGUGAGAAAGAGGGAGCCUAUCUCUGUGUGAGAGAGAGAAAAUUUGUAUGUGUGGGAAAGGGAAGCAAGAAUAUGAAUCUGUCUAUUCCCUACUCUCACCCUCUCUCUCCUCAUUCGCCCUCUAUUCCCUCUCACCCUCUCUCCCCUCCCUCACCCUCUCUCCUCUCCUCACCCUCUCUCCUCCCUCACCCUCUCUCCUCUCCCUCACCCUCUCUCCCCUCCAUCUUCCUCUCUGUCUCCUCUCCCUCACCCUCUCUUUCCCAUCUUCACCCCCUCUCUCCUCUCCGUCACCCUCUCCCCCUCACCCUCUCUCCUCUCCCUCACCCUCGCCCCGUCACCCUCUCUCCUCUCCCUCACCCUCUCUCUCCCAUCUUCACCCCCUCUCUCCUCUCCCUCACCCUCUCCCCCUCACCCUCUCUCCUCUCCCUCACCCUCUCUCUCCCAUCUUCACCCCCUCUCUCCUCUCCCUCACCCUCUCCCCCUCACCCUCUCUCCUCUCCCUCACCCUCUCUCUCCCAUCUUCACCCCCUCUCUCCCCUCCCUCACUCUCUCCCCUCCCUCACCCUCUCUGCCCACCUUUCUCUCCACAGCCACGUGUCUCUCUCUCUCUCCCUGGCAGUGUAGGGAGUGGGUGAGGAGUGGAGACUGCUGCGAGUCCACCCCUCAGUCUGCACUCCCACAGGGGGAUUCAGAGAGGACAGAUCUGGGAAACUGGCCGAGUCCUCUCUCCUGCCCCUGCGGCACAUUCCCUCAGCUGUAUUUAUAGCACCGAGACGUUCUGCCAGGUACAAGCUCAUUCCCGUCCUGCUCGCCGCCUACCAACACCUUCCCUCCUGAUCCGCUGAACCCUCUCUGAAGGUGGAGAUGGAGCCCUUGGCCGCAUCAGGUGCUGAGGUCUUCAUUGAAGAGAUGAUGGCACUGGUAUCGCAGACACUUGCCCGGAUGGAGGUGUCCGAACACUAUGAGGUGAUCCGUGAACUGGGUGCUGGUGCCUUUGGCACUGUCCAGCUAGUCCGCCACAGGGUCCAAGGAACGCUGCUUGCCCUGAAGCUGAUGGAGAAGAGGAGGACGGGGGUGCGCUGCUUCCUGCGGGAAUACAGCACUGGUCUCUUCCUGUCACCGCACCCCUUUAUCACCUCUGCCCUCGGCAUCGCAUUCGAAUCCCCGCAGCACUACGUCUUCGUGCAGGAGUACGCCCCCAUCGGUGACCUCUUCGAGGUGAUCCAGCCUAUGGUGGGCAUCCCGGAGGCCUCAGCCAAGCGAGUGGCCCUGCAGCUGAGUCUGGCCCUGGAGCACCUUCACAGCCGCGGCGUGGUCCACCGUGACCUCAAGCCCGAAAACGUCCUCCUUUUCGACCGGGCCUGCCGCUGCAUCAAGCUGGCCGACUUUGGUCGGGCACGGGCCGAAGGCCUCAGGCUUCAGGCUGAGGGAGCGAGUGAUUCAGACGGGGGGCCUUACGAUGCCCCCGAAGCGGGAGGCGGGGCCCCAGCCAGGCGCCUUGGUCGUCCCGAGGAUGCCUGGGCCCUGGGUGUCCUUCUCUUCGGCCUGCUGACCGGCGCCUUCCCCUGGUGGAGAGCCUCGGCCUCUGACUCCGCCUUCUGCGCCUUCCGCCGCUGGCAGGAAGGGACGAUAGCAGGAGGAGAGGGAGGGGGUAGGGGGAGGCACCUUCCUCCUCCUCCGGCUCUCCCACCGCAUUGGCGUGGGAUCGCCCCAGCUGCCCUCCUGUUGCUCCGCGGCCUGUUGGCGCUCCGGCCAGAGGAGAGGGCUGCGGUUGGGGCGGUGCGGGAGCAGCUGAGGGAGCGCUGGCGCCAGGGUGAGGUGGAGGGGGAGGCUAGCCAGGGCAACAGGCCAGCAGCAGGGAGCAGUCCCAAGGAAGGAUGAAAGAAGAGUGGGAAGGGAUGUUAUUAGCUUCCUAGCACCCAUCCUCUUUCCCCCUCUUCACUCUCCCUACCUCCAUCUCCCCUCUUCCCUCUUCCUCUCCUCUCUCUUCUCUAACGUCUAAUCCCUCCAUCUCUUCUCCCCACCUCUUCCUCUUCCUCCCUAGCUCCUUCCCCUCUUCCAUCCCCUUUCCACUCUCCCUACCCCCUUCCCUCCCUCUGACUCCUCCCUCUUCCCGUUCUCCUCUCUCCUCUACCUACCUCCUUUCUCCCUCUUCCCUCUCCCCACCCUCAUCCCCCUCCCUACCUCCCUCCCUUCUUCCCUCCCUCUUCCCUCUCCCUUCCUCUCCCCUCUCCCAACCUCCUGCCUCUCUCCACCUCCUCCCCUUUUCCUCCCCCUCCCCUUUCCCACCCUCUCCCCUCUCCUUCCCACCCUUCUCUCUUCUCAAGGUACGAAAAGAAAUCAGAGAUGGGAUCAUGGUGAGUUUCAGGGCAGCAGAAGACAGAGUCCUGGUGGUUUUAAAGAUAGUUUAAUGUUAUUUCUAGUACACAAAACAGAAUAAUUGUUAUUCCAGAUCCAAUGCAGCACAAAAAAAACACAAUAAGAUGAAGAACACAAGAUAGCUUACAUACACAGAUUGAUGGUAUGUCCAUAAAUUGACGCAAUACACAUCUAUCAAAGUUUUAAUGUCAUGACAAAUCUGUACAAUCUCCUGAGGAAGUAGAGGUGCUGCCAUGCUCUCUUCACAAUUGCACUUAUUUUUACAAGUCCUGUAAAAUAGUAACAGGAAUUUAAAGUUGCUGACCCUCUCCAAGAUUCAAGAUUGAAUGUUCAAGAUUGUUCAAUGUCAUUUCCAGUACACAAGUGUAAAGGAGAACAAAAUAAUUGUUACUCUGGAUCUGAUGCAGCACAAAAAAAACCACAAAUGAUAAAUCCCACAAUAAUAUAAAAACACAAGAGACAGCUUGUAUACACAGAUUGAUUGUAUGUUCAUAAAGUGACACUAGCCACAGGGGUGUCUGUACAUAAGGUGACUGACAGGAAAUGAUAAAGUAGUGGUGGUUGGGGGUUACUGAGUGGAGGUGUUGAUCAGCCUCACUGCUUGGGGAAAGUUACUAUUUUUGAGUCUAGUGGUCCUGGUGUGAACACUACGUAGCCUCCGCUCUGAUGGGAGUGGGGCAAACAGUCCGUGAGCAGGGUGGGUGGCAUCCUUCCUGACGUUACUGGCCCUUUUCUGGCACCUUUCUGUAUCUCUGUUCCUGAUGGUGGGUAGGCGGGUGCCAGUGAUGUGUUGGGCAGUUUUGAUUAUCCGUUGCAGAGCCGUCAUGUCCGUCGCAGAGCAGUUUCCGUACCAAGCAGAGAUGCAGCUUGUUUGAAAGCUCUCUAUUGCACAUCUGUAGAAAGGGCCCAUAAGGGGUCCCGGUGGAUUUAAAGGGAGCGUGAAGCAGGGUCCAGUGGGUUUAGAGAAAGAAGGGAUCUUGGUGAUUUUAAAGGGAGAUGGGAUCCUGGUGGGUUUAAAGGAAGAUGAGGUCUCAGUGAUUUUGAAUUGAGACGAGGUCCCAGCAGGUUUGAAGGGCCAUGGGGUUCACAGCAGGUUUAAAAGGAGACGCAGUCCCAGUGACUUUAAAGGAAGAUGGGUCCCGGUGGAACCUGCUGCCUGAAAUUUAGCGAUUUUGGGAUUGUGGCUCAUCGGAGUUUUGUUGUAAUUUGAUGCUUUUCUCAGUAUGUUUGUUAAUUUCUUACGAAUAAAUUGUAAUACGAAACUACUGUCUCCCAUGUUAGAGCCAAAUGCUCUUUGGCCGAACCAGCCCAUGCUAACCUAGCCAGUCUCAUCUAUGCCCAUUUGCCCCAUAUUCCUCUAAAUCUUUCAUAACCCCGUACCUGUCCAAAUGCCUUUUAAAUAUUGUUAAUGUUCCUGCCUCAACCACUUUUUCUGCAGCUCCUUCCAUAGCCGGACCAUCCUCUGAGUGAAAAAGCUGCCUCUCGUGUCCCUAUUAAGUCUUUCCCAUCUCACCUUAAACUUGCACCCUCUGACUUUAGACUCCUUGCACAGCUUCCAGGUAUGAUCUACAGAGGGCUGUUUCAAG